GAGGAAGAUGGGGGGGGGGGAGGGAGGACACGGAGAAGGAAAGGAGGAAGGGAGGAGGCGGUGAAUUUCGAUGCAAUGACAGAAUAGCGAUGGGAUGGAAGGUCAAGGCGUUCUAUUUUCGGCUCGUCUACAGUGUGCCUGCCCACGUGUUUACAGCCAAACACAAUUCCCAGCCUGGCCUGUGAAAUAUCAACAGAGGGUUGCUGAGGGUUUAAAACAGUUAGGCAGUCCAAAAAAAAAAAAAAAAACGUAAUGAGAGCCAACUUUACGCAAAGGAAAUCAUACGAGUGAAGCGAGGAAAGACAGGUGGUGAGAGUCCAUGUGUGUUCAGUGUAAACAUGAGUGUAAGGGACACAGCAACCCCACUGUCGGUCGUGUACAGAUAUAUGCAGUGUAUAUAGACUGUGAGAGAACAGGCAGACCCAACAGUCUGACCAAAACAGCAGGGGACUAUGGAAUGAAUCUGUCUGUGUUGUGUGAACAGGCCAUCUGUCAAUCUGCUGGACCGUCCUUGACGCAGCCUGGAGAGUUUGACCCAUGCAUGCGGUCACUCGCAUAGGUGUGAGUGACCUGGACCACGCGCCCAAGUCAAACACAGGAAGAGUCGCCGACGUGCACAUUUUACAACCUCCGAUUUGAUUCAGUUUCUGAUAAUCCACCAUCAAGAAUCUCUCAACACAAAGAAUUGAUCCUCGGACUUGCUAUAAUGGAUGGUGACAUAUAGAUGGUAGAACAGCGUGAGAAGAAAACUUAGUUGGGAAAAAGGUAUUUAGAGCCCAAGGAUUGAACUAUUUCAGGGGUUGAGCAAAACGUCAAGGUCGUUCGGACUGAGGCUGCUCUCUGAUUGGCCCACUGCUGAGCAAAUAUUUCACAGCGACGUUGCACACCGACUCUAUAAUCCAAUAUAAACGACAGUCCCACAAACACGCAAACGUCACUUCUGAGAAAGAGGCUCCACCAUAAACGAUUAGGGGGACUGAGGGGGGAACUGAGAAUUGGAUUUUGGACACAUUGAUUCUCAGACACAACCUCGGUCGGCCUGCGUCAUAUUUCCAGGAUGAGGGCGACCCUGUGCCUGCUGUGCGUGUCGGCGUGCCUGACCGGCCCCCUCGCCGCCGGCCCCCUCGCCGCCAGCCCCCUCGCCGCGCCCGGCAAGGCAGAGGAGAAGGCGGCCCCGCAGGACGAGGUGAGCGUGCUGAUGUACGGCGUGCUCCAGUUCGGCCAGUCCUUCCACGAAAUCUACCAGAGCACCGAGGCCAAGAUCGCCCGCAUCGGCGAGUCCCUGCGGAGCCACGAGCUGGCGCUGGAGGGCCUGAACCGGGAUGCCGUGCAGGCGGCCGGGCAGGAGGUCCAGAUCAGAGGGGCUCUCGGGCAGCUGGAGGCCCAGAUGGCUGAGCUGCACACUCAAGCUGAGCAGACCAAGGGCAAGUUGGCCCACGUGGAACAGGAGGAAGAGGAGCUGAAGAAGAAGGUGGCCAACCUCGAGGCCAACUUGAAGAACUCCGCCCUGACCCGGCUUCAGGAACUACAGGAGAGGGCUGUCAAACACUCGGCUCUUCUGAAGACCUUGGAGAAGUGGAACAGGAAACAGAGACAGAACCUGGAGCUUCAGAACAGGAAGCUGACCAAGCUGCAGAGGGCCGGGGCGGCUCAGGUUCGUGUACGCCCAACGCUCGGCUUUGUGCAUGAACGAUCCACAGCGGCUGAGCCCAUUUGCUCGAGUGAAUCAAUCGUGUUGUCGUUCUCGUUGCAGAGCGGGGCCAGGAUUUAGCCCUUCCGGAGUCUACAUCACCUGGGGGAUCGUUCGACGGACACUCAGGUCUUCCUGCCUGAGUAGAGCACCGCGGUCUCCCUUUCGCACGAACAGAAACAGUGCGCAACACUCCCUAGCCGACACAUCCCGUCAACUCAAACAGCCAUGCUGAGAGCAAGAAACAAAAACUCACAAGAACGAAUAACUCAUUGUAUUUAUAUAUCGUUUGUAGUUGAUGACGCAAAUAAAGUUUGAUGCUUGUGUUACUUUGGAGUCGAGUGCGUGGCUUCGUCGCGACCGCCCCUUUUUUGGGGGGGGGGGGAAUGUCUGCCGGUAGGUGUGUGUGAGUGCG